AUGCAGAAGAGUCUGCUGGUGGGCCUCGGAGGUCAGGCUGUGAACGAGAACUCAAUUGACGAUGGCGACUGGCUCAUUCGUCCCAUCGCUGAAGUGACUCCUAAUGGAGGCUUUGUGCUGAGCGAAGGCAUUUCCGAGGGCCAGGCCUUGCGGUUCCACGUGCGGGACAAGGACUCGGCGGAGUCGGACCUGAAGCUGAUGCUGAACCGCUACAGGUUAGAGCGCACCUUCGUUGGUGGCGGGGAGCCCACCGGGUGCCUGCUCUUCACGUGUAAUGGCCGGGGUGAGGGCCUCUACGGGCGGCGCCACGUGGACGCCUCCGCGCUCAAGGAGGCCUUGGGUGAGGAGCUGGGCUCGCGCGUGAGCGGGUUCUUCUGCAAUGGCGAGCUGGGGGCGCCGGGCCUGGGCAUGGUGAGCAAGGACUUGGAGGAAAGGGACGAGGUCAAGAGCACGGCGCUGCACGGCUUCACCGCUGUCUUCGCGAUCUUGGUGCCAAAGGCGUGA